AUGCAGGUGUCAGGGACGGACGCCAAAGGAGAUUUUUACAACAAAGUUCUGCAAGAGAAAGGAAGAUUCCACAAUGUUGCCUUCCUCUCGGCAGGCCUGGUGGUGCGAGAAGCCAGCAUCGAGAUCACUCGGCAGCAGGUGGAGGAACUCUUCGGCCCGGAGGACUUCUGGUGUCAGUGUGUGGCCUGGAGCUCGGCGGGGACCACCAAGAGCCGUAAAGCCCACGUCCGUAUCGCCUACUUGAGGAAGACUUUUGACCAAGAGCCCCUCGGGAAGGAGGUAUCCCUGGAACAGGAAGUGCUGCUCCAGUGCCGACCACCAGAAGGCAUCCCAAUGGCUGAGGUGGAGUGGCUGAAGAACGAGGAGGUGAUCGACCCCGCCGACGACAGGAACUUCUACAUCACCAUCGACCACAACCUGAUCAUCAAGCAGGCGCGCCUCUCGGACACGGCCAACUACACCUGUGUGGCCAAGAACAUCGUGGCCAAGAGACGCAGCACCACUGCCACCGUCAUCGUCUACGUAAACGGAGGCUGGUCCACAUGGACGGAGUGGUCGGUGUGCAACAGCCGCUGUGGACGAGGUUACCAGAAACGCACGCGGAGCUGCACCAACCCGGCGCCGCUUAACGGCGGCGCCAUAUGUGACGGCCAAGGCAUCCAGAAGCUGCCGUGUAACCCUCUGUGCCCAGUGGAUGGCCUGUGGACAGAGUGGAGUAAGUGGUCCACGUGUGGGACAGAGUGCACCCACUGGAGGAGGAGGGAAUGCGGCGCUCCGGCACCCAAAAGCGGUGGCAAAGACUGUGAGGGCAUGGUGCUCCAGUCCAAGAACUGCACGGAUGGGCUGUGCAUGCAGAGUUCCUUUUAUCAGAAGUCAUCUGAGGCUAAAGACAAGCUUGAGUUGGCAAAUACAUUGGCGCCCAGCACGGACGACGUGGCCCUCUACGCCGGCAUCGUCAUCGCCGUCAUCAUGUGCCUGGUCAUCUCCGUGGUGGUCGCCCUCUUCGUCUACAGGAAGAACCACCGCGACUUUGACUCGGACAUCCUGGACUCGUCCGCCCUCAACGGGGGCUUCCAGCCUGUCAGCAUCAAGACGGCUCGCAAAGCCGACCUCCUCACGGCACCUCCAGACCUGACCUCGGCAGCCGCCAUGUACAGGGGCCCCGUCUACGCCCUCCACGACGUCGCCGACAAAAUCCCCAUGACCAACUCCCCCCUGCUGGACCCCCUGCCCAACCUGAAGAUCAAGGUGUACAACUCCUCCGGCCUGGUGACGCCACAGGACGACCUGGGAGGAGAGUUCUCCUCCAAACUCUCCCCCAAGCUGCCCCACUGCCUCCUGGACAAUGGUGACAGCACCAUGGGGCGCCGCACCCAGACCCAGACCCUGCUGCGCUCCAGGGACCCCUCCUGCACCGCUGUGGGCUCCUUCAGCUCCCAGGGAGGCCAUCUUAUUGUCCCCAACUCAGGUGUGAGUCUGCUUAUCCCAGCAGGAGCCAUCCCUCAAGGCCGUGUGUAUGAAAUGUACGUCACCGUCCAGAGGAAGGAGACGUUGAGGCCGGCGGUGGAAGACGGGCAAACAGUGCUCAGCCCCGUGGUGAGCUGCGGCCCGCCGGGCGCCCUGCUGACGCGGCCCGUCAUCAUCACCAUGCACCACUGCGCCGUGUCCGACGGCCAACAGGACUGGCUGAUCCAGCUCAAGAGCCAGUCGCCGCAGAACAUGUGGGAGGACGUGGUGGUGGUGGGCGAGGAGAACUUCACCACGCCGUGCUACAUCCAGAUGGACGAGGAGGCGUGCCACAUCCUGACGGAGACUCUGGGCACCUACUGCCUGGUGGGACAGUCCCUCAGCGCCUCCACCACCAAGCGCCUCAAGCUGGCCGUCUUUGGACCGCUCACCUGCCCCGCCACCGAGUACCACAUCAGGGUCUACUGCCUGGACGACACGCAGGACGCGCUCAAGGAGGUCCUGCAGAUGGAGAAGCAGAUGGGCGGCAAGUUGUUGGACGAACCAAAGACGCUCAACUUCAGCGACAGCACUCACAACCUGAGACUGUCCAUCCAUGACGUCCCGCACGCGCUGUGGAAGAGCAAACUGCUGGCCAAGUACCAAGAGCUGGGCUUCCAGCAGGUGUGGGACGGCUCUCAGAGGAACCUUCACUGCUGCUUCACGCUGGAACGCUUGUCCAGCUGCACCGUGGACCUGGCCUGCAAGAUCUGCGUGCGCCAAGUGGAGGGAGAAGGACAGAUCUUUCAGCUGGACACCACGCUCUCCGAGGACUCCCAGAGCAUCGACACAUCCCUGCUGGACCCGGCCAGUAACAUCACCACGCUGGUCGGACCCAACGCUUUCCGCAUCCCCGUGUCCAUUCGCCAGAAGUUGUGUGGCAGUUUGGAUGCUCCUCAGACUCGAGGCAACGAUUGGAGGAUGUUGGCUCACAAACUCACUCUAGACAGGGGGCGCUGCUGGGUGUUGGUUGUCAUAGAAACCUCUCUACGUAACAGCGAGGACAUGAAGGUGUGCGUCACCAUGGCAACCGGACACAAGCGGAUGAAAAGAGGAGAGAAAAGGUGA